UUCCGCGGCGGAAGGCGGAAGCGGGCGGCACCCGCGCGGCAGCGGCAGCAUGGAGGGGGCGGCGGCGGCGGCGGCGGGCGAGCAAAGCAACCUGUCCGGCGUGCGGCACGUCGUGCUGGUGCUCUCCGGGAAGGGCGGCGUGGGGAAGAGCACUGUGGCCACCCAGCUGGCCCUGUCGCUGCGGCACGCCGGCAAGAAGGUGGGGAUCCUGGACGUGGACCUGUGCGGCCCCAGCAUACCCCGCAUGUUCAAGGUGCAGGACAGCGACGUGCACCAGUGCGACAGCGGCUGGGUGCCGGUCUUCGUGGACCAGGAGAAGAGCAUCUCGCUCAUGUCCAUCGGCUUCCUGCUGGAGAAGCCGGACGACGGUGUGUGGAGAGGACCCAAGAAAAACGCUUUGAUAAAACAGUUUGUUGCCGACGUGGCCUGGGGGGAACUGGACUUCCUCAUCGUGGACACACCUCCGGGCACCUCCGACGAGCACAUCUCCACGGUGGAAGCCCUGCGGCCCUACAGGCCUCUUGGAGCAAUCCUAGUCACAACGCCCCAGGCGGUGGCUGUGGGAGACGUGAGGCGAGAGGUGACCUUCUGUAAGAAGACGGGCCUGCGAGUUCUGGGCAUUGUGGAGAACAUGAGCGGCUUCGUCUGCCCGCACUGCUCGGAGUGCACAAACAUCUUUUCCAAAGGGGGAGGCGAGGAACUGGCCAAGUACGCUGGAGUCCCCUUCCUAGGCUCCGUUCCCCUGGACCCCCAACUUAGCCAGAGCUUGGAGGAAGGCAGAGACUUCAUCCGGGAGUUUCCCAAGAGCUCCGCCUUCCCCGCCUUGGCUCACAUCGCCCAGCAGCGUGGCAGCGCUCUGCCCACACGGUACAGCUGCUCCUAGCCUGCUCACGCACCGCCUUCCUCUGCGACCAGCUGUUGUCCAGGCACUUGUGGAGCCGUGGCCUCCUCCCACAGCAUCUCGCACGCUGCAGCACUGCUGACGAUGACUGAACGCAGCUCCAGUGGCGAACGUCAUCAGCUGGGAUGGCUGCUCCCUUGCUGAGCCCAAAUGGCACAAAUAAUCCGCGUCGUAGCUCCGUGUGCUGCUGCCUUCCGCUUUCCUUGCGUGACACGCCGUGGUACUUGGUUCAGUGGCUGGCCAGUUAGUGUUGGACGCUCUGCUGUGAGCCCGAGCCCAGCCAGCCUGCUCGGAAAUCUCACAUUGCUGGUACGUGAAGUGCCUCUGAGGGCACGGGAUUGUGCUUCACGUGAGGAGGCGUCCUUAGGAAUCUAGUACCCUUUUGAAGCCUGCAUCCUACCAUACUGGAAACAAUGUCUUCUUUUUUUUUUUUUUUUCGGUCUGCUGGGGGUUUUCGUGACUCAGGAAUAUUUUUAAAAGUUCCAGACAGUAAAC